AUGGCCUCAGAGUCCCUGAUCAAGCAGAUUCCUCGAAUUCUGGACCUGCACCUGAAUAAGGCCAGCAAAUUCCCUUCCCUGCUGACCCACAAUGAGAACAUGGUAGCCAAGAUCGACGAGGUGAAGUCCACCAUCAAGUUCCAGAUGAAGAAGGUGCUGUGUCUGGCAGUGGCAGCAGACCAUGUGAAGAUGACAGAUGAUGAUGAACUUGUUUACGACAUCCACUCAGGUGCCAACUUUUUGUUUUCACAGCUGAAGAAGAAUUGGCAGGAUGUCCGUGCUUUGUACAUGAAGAGCACCAUGGGCAAACCCCAGCGCCUGUACUAA